GUCCUUGGUUUUGUAGAUGUGAUCACGUGGUCUAGCGGAGUUGGUUUUGGCGGUGGUGUGGUUUAUGUGUGAUUGUUUGUUUGAAUUUUGUUGAUAAUCACCUGCCAUAACUAACAAAAUCGAUUUUUCGUAAUCUAUUUGUUUUUACAAACUGCCUAACAAUGACACAAAACACUAAUUACAGUGAAGAUUCCGGUUAUGUAAAUAUUCACGGACACGAUAUACGGGUAUUUGUUUGUGAAAAAACGGGGCUGAUUCUAGUGCCCAUUGAUGAACUUAAGGCGAUGGGCUUUCGUAUAUAUCGGAAAAGCCAGUACAGUAGGCUGUUAAUAGAUGACAACCAAUUUACUAAAGAAUUUGAUUUGUACAUGUUACAAUGUGCCCAAACUUACAUGUUUGAAAAAAAGAUAGUUUUUAAGGAGAAUGAUAUUCUUGAAAACAUUAAUAAAUGUAAGGCUGUGCUGACGGGAAGUCAUAGUGAAGUUAAAACACCACCUUCCAAUAUCACUAAAGGUCAUGUACUUGAAAACAGUGUUUCACCCACCAUUACAACAAAUUUGAGGGAACCUUUGCCUGCAACUGUUCAGAAUUUGCAAAAUGAUAGAAAGUUUAGAGGUUUUACUCCAAAUAAAAGUCCCGCGUCUUCAGUUAAAUUAGGCGAGAAUAAAGCAGACUUUAAGCAAAAUGAUUUGGACGAUUCCUUUGACCUUAAAGUAGAGAGAAAUGAAAGAAAUGAGAGGAAGGUUUUUACCAAGGGAAAUUCUGAACAAGGAAAUCAGGGUGGAAACGGUAAACCAAGAAACACUUACAAUCAGAAGAAAGCAAAUGGUUCAAAUAUGUCUGAUAAGCUAGAAGUACAAAAUUCUUUUGACAGAAAUAAUACUAGUGAAUACAGGAAACCUUUGAGUCCUAAAGCAUCCACUGAUAAUAUACCCACAAAAUAUGUGAGCAAGUCAAAUGGGUCUGAGCCAAAAUCUAACUUUAUUAAAACUAGACAAGAUUAUCAGCCAAAAAGAGAUUUUGAAAAUAAUGAAGAACCUGUACAGAAAUUGGGCACAAUUGAACUGAAUAGAUUAGAGCACAAGGUUUUAGUGUCCUUUAUUGAAAAACCAAACUGUGUGUGGGUUCAAGACACGGAUAAGAGUAAUACUUUGUUGGAAAUUAAUGCAAAAAUAAAGGAAGAUCUUGCCCAGGGAGAAAAUAAAGUUUUCAGGCCAAUAUGGAACAAAAUCUAUGUAGCCUUAUCACCGGAAAAUAAUAUGUGGUAUAGAUGUACACCAAUCAAAUUCAAACCUCUCAUAGUUUUCUUUGUGGAUUAUGGUAACGUUGCUGAAGUAAAGGAAGUUCUAGAAGUAUCCGAACCGUUAUCAAAAAUACUGCGACAAGCUGCCAGAAUCACAUUCAGUGAGGCUCAAUAUACGGCACAAGUCAAUGACAACCUCAUCGUUAAAAUUAAAAAACGCUAUGAAAACGGUACUUAUCUGGUUGACGUGAAGACCAAUAAUAAUUCAACCCCCCUUGAACCAGAACCUCCUAAAACUCCCACCACCCUUAACGUUUUCACAAAACCUCAACCUCUCUGCAAAUUGGAGGAUGGCCAAAAAGUAAUGUUGAUUUCCCACAGUAACGGAAAACUCAUUCUGAGAACAAAAGAAUGCUAUGAUAAAUUGAAACAGAUAGAACGGGCGCUAGAUGAAGAAGAGUCCAAAGCGAAACCAGUUGGACACGUCGAGAAGGGACAGUUGGUUUUGUGCAAGAAAGAGAAAUUGCAAAGGGCGGUUGUCUUGGAUGUGCAGAGGAGUUCCGUUGAGAUAGAGUUCCUAGAUUAUUAUGAGAAGAUGAAAGUUGAUGUGUCUGCUUUGAAACAUAUCACUGAGGCGUUGUCCACACUAUCUCUUACCUAUAUUGUUACCCCAGUACUUAAAGGUUAUAAUGAAACAGCAGACCAAACUUUACGAGAGUUGAGCGAGAAGAAAGUAAAAGGGGUUGUGGUUUUAUCUUCCCGUGGUGAUUUCGACCUAAAAUUAGGCGACGAGCUUCUUUCUAAUACCUUGAAACCAGUUCAUUCCGAUCGUCCAAUGUUAAAAGACUUCCCAGUGUAUGAGCCUCCUCUAGGUUUAGGUACCUAUUUGUUAAACACUUACCAAAGUAAAGACAAGAUGUAUUUCGCGUCUGGAGAUGCUUUCGGCGAGUACGUGGAGAGCGUGAUUCUUUCCGAGUUGGCAGAUAGCGAUCCAUAUGAACCAAUCGUAGGUGAACUCUGUCUAGGCCUCUAUCAAGAGAACUGGUCAAGAUGUGUAAUACUGAGUGUUACAAAUCUCAGAUACAAAGUUCAGUUUGUUGACUUUGGUAAUUUAGAGUAUUUAAAGGCAGAUCAGUUACGGAAAUUGACUGAAAUUGCCAAAGAAGCGCCGAUUUUGGCAUUCUGCUGUCAAUUAACAGGAUUACCUUCAACGAGCGAUGUAGAAGAGUGGUUAAAAGAGAAUUUAGAGGAUGGAAACAACUAUGAUAUUAAUAUUAAGAAGUCCACCGGUGUUACUUACGAAAUUGAAAUACCGGAUGUGAAUGAAGCGUUAAGAAACAGUAUUUGAGUUAACAAUCCGUUUUAAUCGUGGAUGCGUAAUUUUGAGCUUUUUAUACUUGUUUUCUCAAUUUUCAGUUGUUUAUGUUAUAAGAUUAAGUAAUGAAAUAAAGACUAAUUUGAGGUUUUAUAUCGUAA